CUGAUCUGCAAUCUCCUCCUCUACAAAAUGUCUCGUGAUUAUUUUGGAUUCUCUUUUCUACAAAGAAAUAUAAGAAACGACACGGGAACAAACGGAGUUGUUCUUAACAAUGCAGCAGAUAUCUCCGUUAUUGUGAUUUACUUUGUUGUGGUCUUGGCCGUGGGAGUAUGGGCUAUGGUACGCACCAAUCGGUCCACUGUGGGUGGCUUCUUUCUUGCAGGAAGGAGUAUGGUGUGGUGGCCGAUUGGAGCAUCACUCUUUGCCAGCAACAUUGGCAGUGGCCACUUUGUGGGAAUAGCUGGUACUGCUGCAGCCACAGGAGUAGCUAUUGGUGGAUUUGAAUGGAAUGCACUUAUUGUUGUUGUCAUUCUGGGAUGGCUUUUUGUGCCAAUCUACAUCAAAGCUGGGAUAGUCACAAUGCCCGAGUACCUGAAGAAGAGGUUUGGAGGACAGCGCAUCCGCAUCUAUCUCUCUGUGCUCUCCCUGAUUCUCUAUGUCUUCACUAAAAUCUCUGCAGACAUGUUUUCUGGUGCCAUUUUCAUCCAGCAGGCUCUUGGACUUAACAUAUAUGUUGCUGUUAUCGCACUACUAGCAAUCACUGCACUAUACACUGUCACAGGUGGACUUGCUGCAGUGAUUUACACAGACACCCUCCAGACCAUCAUUAUGGUUGUUGGAUCCUUCAUUCUCAUGGGCUUUGCUUUCAAUGAAGUUGGGGGGUAUGAAAACUUCCAGAAGAGCUACAUGCAGGCAGUCCCCACAAUCACAAGUGGUAUUGACCCAAGCUGCUACGAGCCUCGGCCAGACUCCUUCCAUAUUUUUAGGGAUCCAAUUACAGGAGACCUGCCGUGGCCUGGCCUGGUGUUUGGGCUCACCAUUCAGGCUGCCUGGUACUGGUGCACGGAUCAGGUGAUUGUCCAGCGCUGCCUCUCUGCCAAAAAUCUCUCUCAUGUUAAAGGAGGUUGCAUUUUAUGUGGCUACUUGAAGCUGUUGCCCAUGUUUCUCAUGGUUUUCCCCGGAAUGAUCAGCAGAAUUCUUUAUUCUGAUGUGGUGGCAUGUGUGGACCCAGAUGAAUGUCAAAAAUAUUGUGGUGCUAGUGUGGGAUGCACCAACAUUGCUUAUCCCAAACUGGUGGUGGAUCUUAUGCCCAAUGGUUUGCGAGGUCUGAUGUUGUCUGUGAUGCUAGCUUCUCUGAUGAGCUCCCUUACCUCCAUCUUCAACAGUGCCAGUACACUCUUCACCAUGGAUAUCUACACAAAGGUCCGUCCCUCUGCUAAAGAGAGGGAACUCAUGAUUGCUGGCAGAGUGUUUAUCUUGAUCCUGAUUGGUGUGAGCAUAGCAUGGAUCCCUGUGGUGCAGAGUGCCCAGAGUGGUCAGCUCUUUGACUACAUUCAGUCCAUUACCAGCUACCUUGCUCCUCCCGUUGCAGCUGUCUUCAUGCUUGCAAUCUUUUGCAAACGUGUCAAUGAGCCUGGCGCCUUUUAUGGACUCACAACUGGACUGUUAAUAGGCCUGUCCAGGAUGAUUGCUGAGUUUGUUUAUGGGACAGGAAGCUGUGCUAACCCAAGUAACUGUCCCACUAUUAUAUGUGGAGUCCACUACCUCUACUUCGCCAUCAUCUUGUUCACCAUCUCCUGCAUCGUCAUAGUUGGAGUCUCCCUGAUUACCAAGCCCAUCAACGACAAGCAUCUGUAUCGACUGUGUUGGAGCCUGAGGAACCGUACGGAGGAGAGGGUGGACCUCGAACAAGACGAUUGGGUUAACAAUGACGAUGGAAGCAUGGAUAUAGAAGAAUCUGAAGAGGAACCAGGCUUCUGUAAGAAAGCAGUGAUGUGCUUCUGUGGACUCGAGCAGAAGAAAGCACCAAAACUUAGUCCAGAAGAAGAGGCAGAGUUGAAGAAGCAGCUCACAGACACAACAGAGGAGCCUUUAUGGAAGAACAUUGUCAAUGUUAAUGCCAUCAUCCUCCUGUGUGUGGCUGUGUUCUGUCACGGCUUCUUCGGCUAGAGAGACUCAAGGGGCUUCAACCAAUUCUGGAUACUAUAAUUUAUUUCAUUUAUGACCAAAACAAAGCACUAAGUAGCCUUCAAACUUCUUAAAUAAGAUAUGACACUUACAUCCAUCUCAGCCCUGCAUCAUCAUUGUAUUCCAUAAUAACUACUGCUCUUACCCAGGAUAUAUAUUGUAUUUUCCUACAAUGCGAUGGACUCUCCUGUCAACAUUUCCUGGUAUUUGUCACCUCAGGUAAACCAAAAAACCAUGUAGUAACUUAUAACAUAUAAAUCAUUUUCUAAUUCUCCAUGAAUUUUCACACAUUUUUUCUGAUAUUUGGAUUUUUGGAGAUAUUCCAGUGUUAACUCUACAUUUUAUUCCCAUUUCUAUAUAUUUAUAUAUAUAUAUAUAUUUUUUUUUUCAUGAAUGGAAACAUGACACAGUAGCAAUGUACAUCAAUGUACAUGUUUGUACAACUUGAAAAUUAAGGAAUCAAUUCAACAUUGAGAAAACUCUUUGUUAAAUAACAGAUGCAUAUUUAUUGCUGAUUCAUUUCCACUACAGUGAUUAAUCUCUUUAAAUAUAAAUGGCUCUUCACUGUUUAAUGAGCAGUUUACAUGUGAGUGGUCCAAAAGUUAGUUCAUUCUAAGAUGCAUCAUUAAGUCUUGAAGAAAGAGGGACGACAUGG